AUGGCUCUGGGCGUCAAGGAAAGCGUGAGCGGCAAGCUGUACUGCUUAACUGCGGACGGUACCGAGGAGCGCGUUUGUGGCGGUAAAGGCGCCGUGUACCUGAGUGGCCCAAAAGUUGCACUGCGCUGUUGCGGCAAGACGAGCAUCGUAGCCACACGCCAGACCAAACAAAGCGUGUUGCGGCAGGGCGACGUGUUGCUUCUCGGUCUUCGCGACGCUUUUUACGCUAAUGGGACACUGACCAAGUACGAAGUAGUAGACACGGAGGCAGCGCCGCCCAAAGUCGCACUUAACGUGCUUCCUACGCGUGUACCGAGCAUUACCAUGAGCUCGGCCGCUUCCAACGCCGAAGAAGAGGAAGAAGAGCUCGCACCUUCCUCUAGACGGCGUGGCAAACGCACGAGAGCGAUCGUAGAGUCCGAGGACGAGGCAGACACCAACAGCUCUAAGCUGCAGGACUUGACCGUGGACUCGGACGUGUCAUCACCUAGAGAAGACGAUAUUUUCGAAAAAGAUCUUGAAAAAUCAACAUCUGCAGCGAAAGACUGGAUGGCUGCAUUCGGUCGCAGUGGCGACCCGAGCGCAUCCAGACGGUUCACCCACGAAGACAGGAACGAUUUCGACGAAUCAGACGAAGACGAGCAUUAUUCUCGCUCCCAUGACGAGGUCGGACAGCUAUUGGAAGAAUGUGAAGGCAUCGCCCGGAAAUUACGCCAAUCAGUGAGGAAUUGGUCGGGAAAUGCCUCGAAAUCGGCGUCUUCCAGUCCGUCCACGUCGCCUGGGGACGCGACAGAUGAAGAAGAGGCGGUGCACAUGUCGCUGGCGUCGAUAAAUGGCGGAGAUCGACGCGUAGUGACGCAGAACGACAUCCCAGAUAUCUGCGAGACGCUCGAACUGAAGCCGUAUCAAGUGGUUGGCGUUAAUUGGCUGUUAUUGCUGCACGAGAACAAGGUGUCGGGCGUCUUGGCCGAUGAAAUGGGGCUCGGUAAAACCGUGCAGACGAUCUCGUUUCUGUUACUUCUCAAGUCGCUGGAAGAGACCGACAAGAGUGCAGGUGGUCCGCACUUAGUUGUCGUCCCAGCCAGUGUGUUGAACAACUGGACACGCGAGUUCUCGUGGAUCGCACCGAAGCUGCGUAUCGUGACGUAUCACGGCUCGAAAGACCACCGUCGAGAGCUGGAAGACACGCUAGAUAGCGACGACUUUGACGUCAUGCUGACGACAUACGCGUACUUUGAACGUGAUACUUGUCAAGAGGAACGCGCCUUCCUGCGCAGCUUCCAGUUUGGCUACAUGAUCUUGGACGAAGGACACAGUAUCAAGAACUCGAACACGUCGCGGUUUAAGCGCAUCACGGCGCUACGUGCACGUACGAGACUGGUGUUGAGUGGCACGCCGAUCCAGAAUAAACUGAACGAGUUACUGACGAUGCUGAGCUUCCUCAUGCCGCGGAUGUUCGACCAUGGCUCGGAUGAAUUGCUGAGCUUCUUCGACGGCAGUGAACAGAAGAAAUGCGAAAAAGUCCGCAAGAUCUUGGCUCCCUUCAUCUUGCGACGUGAAAAGCAAUACGUGUUGAGUCAACUAGUGCCCAAGACGGUGUCUAUCGAGCUGGUCAAGGUGGGAGACGAGCAACGCAAGGCAUACACCGAGUUGCUGGAGUCGGUAGUCAAGCGUCGAGAGGCUCAAGCGGCACUGAAAGCUGCAGCGAAAGAACGCAAGAAAAACAAGAGCAAAGACCACAAGGCAGAGCGUCGAUUGUGGGACUUAAUGGGGACGUACGCGACGCCAUCGGGAGGCGAACCUACGGCCAUGUCCAUCUUUACGCAGCUACGGAAAGCAGCCAACCAUCCCGUGUUACUGCGCCGACAUUUCGUGUCGGAUCAAGUACUGGAGACCUUGAGUCGAUGUCUGCAUCGAGCUGAAGCCUUCGGCAACCAAUGCUCGAUCAGUCGCGUGCGUCAGGAGCUCGAGUCGUACAGUGACUUUGAACUGCACGACUUGUGCGUACAGUACGAAGCGAUCGAUGAGCUGCGGCAACUGCAACUGCCUAUGGAAACUCUCCUGGCUUCUGCUAAGUUCGAUUACUUGCGGACGUUGCUGCCGAACCUUCAGAAAGACGGACAUCGUGUGCUUAUCUUCUCGCAAUGGACGAAACUCUUGGACUUGUUGGAAGUACUCAUGAGUCAUAUGGAAUACCGGUAUUUGCGGUUAGAUGGGUCCACGGAUGUCCAGGAGCGACAAGGACUCAUCGAUACGUACAAUGAAGACAAGAACAUCUUCGUCUUCUUACUGUCGACGCGUGCAGGAGGCCUCGGGAUCAAUCUUACCGCUGCCGAUACGGUUAUUCUGCACGACUUGGACUUCAACCCGACGGCCGACGAGCAAGCUUGUGACCGUUGUCAUCGUAUUGGACAGACGAAGCCUGUGUCGAUCUACAAGCUUGUGUCGGAGAACACGGUGGACCAAGAUAUCUACAAACUCGGAGAGUCCAAGACGGAGCUCAAUCACAAAAUUCUGGACAAACUCAAUGCGCACAGCGACGGGAAGAAGAAGACGAAAAAGUCGGGCGCUGUCACCGUCGAGAUGUUGCUGGCAAGCGUCAUCUCGGACUAUAAAAGCGCCCAGGUGGAAAAUUGA